GGGCGGGGAAGGAGCCGGAAGUCGGGUGCGCUCUGGCGGUCGGAGAUGGAGGAGAGCGAAUACGAGUCGGUUCUCUGUGUCAAGCCAGAGGUCCAUGUCUACCGCAUCCCGCCGCGGGCGACCAACCGUGGCUACAGGGCCUCAGAAUGGCAGCUGGACCAGCCAUCGUGGAGUGGCCGGCUGCGGAUCACUGCAAAAGGGAAGGUGGCCUACAUCAAGCUGGAGGACAGGACCUCAGGGGAGCUCUUCGCACAGGCCCCAGUGGACCAGUUUCCCGGCACAGCUGUGGAGAGCGUCACUGACUCCAGCAGGUACUUCGUUGUCCGCAUUGAAGAUGGAAAUGGGCGACAUGCUUUUAUUGGGAUUGGCUUUGGGGACCGAGGGGACGCCUUUGACUUCAAUGUGGCAUUACAAGACCAUUUUAAGUGGGUGAAACAGCAGUGUGAGUUUGCAAAACAAGCCCAGAACCCAGAUGAAGGCCCCCGAUUGGACCUGGGCUUCAAGGAGGGACAGACCAUCAAGAUCAACAUCGCAAACAUGAGAAAGAAGGAAGGAGCAGCUGGGACGUCAAGAACCAGGCCUGCCAGCACAGGAGGGCUGAGCCUGCUUCCCCCGCCUCCAGGGGGCAAGACCUCCAUCCUCGUCCCUCCCUCUGGGGAGCAGUUGUCUGUCGGGGGAUCUCCAGCCCAGCCCGCAGUUGUUCCUGCUUCAGAACCCUGGCCACAGUCUAAGCCUGCUGCCGCUGCCACUGCUGAUGUCUGGGGCGACUUCACCAAAUCCACAGGGCCACCGUCCAGCCAGUCUCAGCCUGGCACCGGCUGGGUCCAGUUUUGAUGCACAACUUUUUCUUCAUGACUUCCGGGAAGGAGCUGCCUCAUCCAGGCCCACAGAAGGAGGCAAAGCGCUCUCUAGCUGGCCCCUGGAACAUCACUGUCCUCUCCUUGCC